ACCAGUUCACGCUGCUUCACUCUCUUUUCUAGACCCCCCAGUAAACUUUCGGUCCCACCCCCGCCCCUCGCCCGUUAUACGUCGUGGCUUCAGCGCGGUCGCGCUGCCCCGAGGACUUCUCCAGACCUCCCUGCCUGCAGCUCCGACCAUUACAGGAUCCAGAAACAUGUCGACCACACUUCUGUCCGCCUUCUACGAUAUCGACUUCUUGUGCAAGACGGAGAAAUCCCUGGCUAAUCUCAAUCUGAACAACAUGCUGGACAAGAAGGCGGUGGGCACGCCCGUGGCCGCCGCCCCCAGCUCGGGCUUCACGCCGGGCUUCCUCCGACGGCACUCGGCCAGCAACCUGCAUGCGCUCGCCCACCCCGCGCCCAGUCCCGGCAGCUGCUCGCCCAAGUUCCCGGGGAACGCGAACGGCAGCAGCUGCGGCAGCGCAGCGACCGCCGGCCCGGCCUCCUACGGUGCCCUCAAGGAGCCGUCAGGGAGCGGCGGCACGGCCCUGCUCAACAAGGAGAACAAAUUCCGGGACCGGUCGUUCAGCGAGAACGGCGAGCGCAGCCAGCACCUCCUGCACCUGCAGCAGCAGCAGAAAGGGAGCGGUGGCUCCCAGAUCAACUCGACCCGCUACAAGACUGAGCUCUGCCGGCCCUUCGAGGAGAGCGGCACGUGCAAGUAUGGCGAGAAGUGUCAGUUCGCGCACGGCUACCACGAGCUGCGCAGCCUGACGCGGCACCCCAAGUACAAGACGGAGCUGUGCCGCACCUUCCACACCAUCGGCUUCUGCCCCUACGGGCCGCGCUGCCACUUCAUCCACAACGCGGAUGAACGGCGGUCGGCGCCGUCUGGGGGAGCCUCCGGGGACUUGCGUGCCUUCAGCCCUCGCGACGCGCUGCACCUGGGCUUCCCGCCGCCCUCGCGGGAGCCGCGGCCCAAGCUCCACCAUAGCCUCAGCUUCUCAGGCUUCCCGUCGGGCCACCACCAGCCCCCGGGGGGCCUCGAGUCCCCGCUGCUGCUCGACAGCCCCACGUCGCGCACGCCCCCGCCGCCUUCCUGCUCCUCGGCCUCUUCCUGCUCCUCGUCGGCCUCAUCCUGUUCGUCUGCCUCGGCGGCCUCUACGCCCUCGGGCGCCCCGACGUGCUGCACCUCGGCAGCGGCGGCCGCGGCUGCGCUGCUGUACGGCGCGGGGGGCACCGAGGACCUGCUCGCGCCGGGCGCCCCGUGCACCACCUGCUCGUCGGCCUCGUGCGCCAACAACGCCUUCACCUUCGGCCCGGAGCUGAGCAGUCUCAUUACACCCCUCGCCAUCCAUACCCACAGCUUCGCCGCGGUGGCUGCCGCCGCUUACUAUCGCCAGCAGCAGCAGCAGCAGCAGCAGGGCCUGGCGCCCCCCGCGCAGCCCCCGGCGCCGCCCAGCGCGCCCCUCCCUGCCAGCGCCGCCGCGCCGCCCUCGCCGCCCUUCAAUUUCCAGCUGCCGCGCCGCCUGUCGGAAUCGCCCGUCUUCGACGCGCCCCCCAGCCCCCCAGACUCGCUGUCGGACCGCGACAGCUACCUUAGCGGUUCCCUGAGCUCCGGCAGCCUCAGCGGCUCCGAGUCCCCCAGCCUCGACCCCGGCCGUCGCUUGCCUAUCUUCAGCCGCCUCUCCAUCUCGGACGACUGAGGCAAGAGGACGCCAGCGAGGAGGAGGUGGAAGGAAAGGAAGGCCUGUUUGGAGGUGUUGGAGAGCGCCCUGGCUACCGCGGCCCUGCUGUGGCCUUGGGGGUGGGGGUGGGGAUGGGUGAGAGCGAGGCCCCCUCCGGCUGACUGCGGCUGGCCCGGCCGAGCUUGGACUCGCCCUCCGUGCACGGAGGGGGCCCCAACCCCUCCCCUUUCGGUUUCCUCUCGUUUUGUUUUUUUAUUAUUUUUUUUAUUAUUAUUAUUACGAAGUUUCGUUCUCGUUGAGCAAAAAAAAGCCAACGAACUUUUUGUGUUGAUGAACAAAAGAUUCACAACAGGGCAGUUGUGAUGCGAAUAGAACAAAAAACCAAACACUUGACUUUUUUAAGUCUCCGAUGAGUUUGGGACUUUAGGAAAAAUCAACCCAGCACCAGCAGCUACCAACUACCAUUCCAUCUCUUAACUUGAAAAGCAUUAGUCACAGUCCAGAUGUGGGAACUCUAUCUUGAGAGAAGUUCCUAAUUGUCGUUUGUCUUUCAGACCAGCAUAAACAAACCAACCAGCCAACCACCAUACUAAACUUACACAAGCUUUUAGAAUCUGCCAAGAAUAUGCCUUGAUAGUAGACCUCACCUUUAUAGGUCUCUCCCCCACCCCUUACAAAGUUACAUAUAUAUGGAAAAAAGAAAAAAACCCUUGCAUUCCAAAGUUUCAUUCUGGUUACUGGUUUCCUUGCCGCCACUUAGUGGAUGUUUAGUUUAGAACCAUUUUGUCUGCUCUCUGGAAGCCUGGGGCAGAGCUUAGUUUCUAAUUGUUGGGGAAUAACUGCUGAAUUUUUAGCUGUCUUGAGUUGAUUCGCACCACUGCACCACAACUCAAUAUGAAAAAAACUAUUUAACUUAUUUAUUAUCUUGUGAAAAGUCUACAUUGAAAUUUUGUUCAUACUGUAUUUAUCAAGUAUGAUGAAAAGCAAUAGAUAUAUAUUCUUUUAUUAUGUUAAAUUAUGAUUGCCAUUAUUAAUCGGCAAAAUGUGGAGUGUAUGUUCUUUUCACAGUAAUAUAUGCCUUUUGUAACUUCACUUGGUUAUUUUAUUGUAAAUGAGUAAAAAAUCUUAAUUUAAGAGAUUGUAUGUAAUAUUUAUUUUGUUAAUUUCUUUCCUUGUUUACGUAAAUUUUUGAAAGAUUGCGUGAUUUCUUGACAGAAAUCUAUCUCGAUGCUGUGGAAGUAGUUUGAGGAAUAUCUUAUGAGUUUUCUUAGAAUGUAUAAUGGUUGUAGCCCAUCCAACUUUAAAGAAAAAAAGAAUGACCACAUAACUUUGCAAUCAGACUUAAGUGGCAUACUUUUCUAAUUCCAACUUUAUAAAAUUAGCAACAAAUGUUUUUUUGUGUGCAUUUUCCACCAGUUCUACUGUGACAUACUCUUGAGUAUAAAGACAUGUAGCAAUAAUGGGGUGGGGGCGGGGAGGUGUUAGUCUCACAGUGCCUUUGAAGGGCCUGAACUUGCCUUAAUCUUCCUCAACCAAAUAAGUAUUUUGUUUCUUAGUGCUUGAGAGAAUUUGAAUGUAGGAUGGGUUCAACUGCACAAAAGGAAAAGAUUUUACCACUUUUUUUUACAUAGAUGUAAAGAAGCCACCUCUUAGCGCUGAAAUGUUAUGCAGUCCAUGAAUAUGCCUUGUUUAAUUACAGAAAAUCCAAAACUUGUACUAUUUUUUGCCAUGUAGAAAGGCAGGAAUGUUUUCCCAAGCUUUCCUGGACGGCGGAUGAAUGAGCAGUAGCUUUAGUUUGUUUGUACAUAGGUACAGUUGGAGCACUAUGUAUAUGUAUUCUUUGGACUACUUUGACAGAAGUAGGUUUUUGAAUGUAACAAGAUAAGUCAACAUGAGUUGUAAUAUAUUUUGGGGAAUCAGUUCACUACAAAUUGUGACUGUAAACAUUGUACUGUAAAUGUUUUGUAGUUUUCCCCCCAAUAAAAAUUUUUGGGAAAAGUA